AUGUUUCUUAAUUUAUUAUAAUUAUUUAGAGGUGAUAAGUAAAUUGAUCAUCCAAUUCUUGGUCAGAUGUCAUGUAAAAGCUUAUAAGAAGCAUACAAAAACUGUAUGAGUUUCAUUGAUAAUGAAUAGUAUCAAUAAAAAUAAUGUCGACCUUAUUAUAAUUUAUGUAUAUUGUAAUAUGAUUAAUUGUUUAGCUGUGUCUUGUUUUUAAGCAAAAGAUGAUGUAGAAUUUUAAUAAUUUAUAGAUGAUAAAAUAGAUGAGAGAAGAAGACUAAUAAAAGUAAAAUUAAUCUUUAUUGUAGUUUUUAAGAGAAAAUAAAUCAUAAUUGCCAGAAUUGUAAAAGUCAAACUAAUAAUAAUUUUUUAAUUUGUUUUAAUUUGUAGAUGAUGAAUAAGGACAAGAAGAAUAAGCUAAAAACUUUUAUUAAAAAUAAUAAUAAGAGAAUAAAAAGUAUUUAUGA